AUGAUCGCGGACACGGGGCGCCCAAGCUGCCAGGCAGCCGACAGUGAGAGUGCGCAAGCGGCACGCGCUGCGCACUCCAGCCCUGAUGCCGAAGAACGCCCUUUUUUUCACCAAUGGCAAGUGCCAGAGGGCGUUGCUGCGGACUGUCGGGCGCCGCACGCCUCCGCGAAUGGUGCGGCGCGCACCUCUCUCGCGGGGGCGUCCGCCGCGGGCGGCGGAGACUGGAGUAGGAGUCAGGGUGCAGCGGCAGCCGCGCCGGCAGGCGCGCCGGCAGCUUCUAAGGACGCAAGUGCGGCUCCUGGCAGCCUGUCUCAGGAGGAGUCCGCCUCUUCGUGCGUGUGGGUUCAAGACGGGGGAGGCGAGAGUCUCUCUUCUCCCUUCGCAAGCUACUCCCGGCAGUCCAGCGUGCGCCGAGGCUGCUCGCUGCAGUCCGCGCUAGACAGCACCACCGCCAGCAGCCGCAGCAGCGGGCGGAGCACGCCGCCUCUGUCGACCACUCGCAGCUCGCCGGGCUCGUCGCUCUCGAAACUCCGCCCUGGGUUGCCCACUUCGGCUGCGUGCUCGCCGGUCUACACGCCGCUGCCUGGCGCGCCGCGCUGCGUCUGCGCAGAGGCCGCGUGCCUCCAAGGCGACGGGCGCUGGCUGGGGGCGCCGCAGGCGCGUGGCCGCUGGGGCGCGGAGCCCGACCGGGCCUCCCCGCCCAUCCGCAACGCGUGGGGCCUCUUCGCACUGUCUGCAGAGGUGCUGGACGCGCCGGUGCCCGACGGGCUUCCGCGCGUGUUCGCGGGUCUCUGUCCGCGGCGGCCGCGGGUGUGUCCCCCCGACGAGGGCCCCUUCCCGCCGUCGGCGCCCCUGGCAGACGCGCGCCGAGACAACUGCACCGGCACGCCGCUGAAGGGAGCCGCGCGCCCGGCGAGGGUCUCCGCGGAGCCGGCCGACGCCCCGGGCGAGGCCGCCCCCGACCCAGAGACCGACGCAGAGCUCGUGUGCCGGGCGCUGUUGAGGACCGCGACCUGGGGGCGGCCGUCUGAGUGGCGGCGGCCUUCCGCAGCCAGAGGGGCGCCUGGGCGACCCGUAGUCAUUCCCGUCCCGGUGGUGGCCUCCGUGGUGUCGGGCGUGCACACCGUGCAGAUGGUCUCGGUGCCGGCGGGGAGCGUGCCCGGCGGCUUCGCGGGCGGCAGCGAGCGACGCUGCGAGUGCCCAGGCUUCUCGGGAAAAACAAGCUGGGACGGCAAGCACGAAGUGGAGAUCCUCAGCUCCUCGUCAACCAGCGACAGCGGCGAAACCAUCUCGGACGACGAGGCGUCAGAGGAGGAAGCCAAGCCGAGCAGCGGAGGAGGCCGGCGCGAAGUCGACCAGCUGCGGAAAGCGCGCGAGAGCUUCGAAGAAAUCGACCGACGAAGGGCCGCCAGGGCCCUGCAAGCGCGCUUGCACCUCGCCUCUGCAGACGCACUCCGAAUACGAGGCCAGAGACUGAAAAGGAAAAGACGACGCAGCUCAGAAGAGGGCCUCUCUGAAGGGGCUAUGCCUGAGUUCUCGGACGAGGAAUGGAGUCAACACCGCGCGUCUCUCCUAGACUGCGUGAUCUCUCUGCCCAGUUUCGAGCAAACUCUUUUGCAAAGUGGGUGCUACGGAACGACGUACUGCGUCCCCAACAGCGUUGAAGACAUGCUGGGCCCCCACGCCCGCGAAGUCUUCGGACGCCUGAGUGAAUUCCGCCAACAGCACCAACGCGGCGCGUCCAGGAUUGAGUGCACGUGGCAUUCUCCGAACUAUUUCCGAGGCCGGGACCUCGUGCAGCACAUCAAAGGGCAUCUCGAGCGGCGACUCGCCGACGGCAUGAGCCCCUUUUUCGAGCAUGAGGAUGUGGCGCUGUCCUUUCCGUCUUCUUCCAAACACCCGCUGAGCCAGUUGACGACGAUCAAAGACCGCCAUUUUCGGCAUCUGGAAGAGCCUCUGCCGGUCGGCGCGGCGCGAUACCCUGUGGCCAUUUGGGGGGGCAAAGAGGCAGUCCGCGUGAGUCGGGAGCGCAUGGGCGGCGGAGGUUUAGUGGUAGCGGGACAGAGAGCGUGCCGUCGCGAGGGUGCGAGACAGUCAGCGCAGCCCUUCGGGGAGCCCGAUAUCGACCCGGCCCUUAAGAAGUCCCCAAGCGCCGCGACAAUCCACCAAGGAACCUUGAUGGUGCUCGGAGUCCAGACUGGGGAGUUCCUCACGGACGCGGAGAUGAGAGAAGCGAUAAAAGAGGCGCAACCGGCGGCCGUCAUCGAGGGGCUGCGCACAGUAGACGCUGUGCCGUGGCUCGUUUGCCCCCUCUACCUCGAAAAGCAACUGGAAAGUUUCCUGUCCCCGGUUUUGAGAAACCACGAUGCCACGCAGUUCGCGUUCGCCUCGUCGCGGAGCUCCAGCGGCCGAGGCCUCGCGGGCAGCUCGCUGCGUCUGCUCGCGGCGCCUGGAGACAAUGAGGGCGAGGAAGCCGAGCGGGACCGAGCCCACAAGGCGCGAGCCACACAUCCCGCGCAGUCGGUCGGCACAGUGCCCCUCUACGGCCUGGAAUUCAGUUCGGUUCGGAAGUUCAACUGCCUCUCGUUCCUCCUUCACACAGGCCAGAAGUCUUCGAAAGACCCAACUUGCCGGUUCGCCGCGUGGAGCAAAUGGCCGCUGAUGAAGGAGACCGUGAUGACGCACCUCGUCAUGCUGGAUGGUUGGCCGAUUUACGUCGUGACUAACAACCCCGAGGUUGACAUUCUUCCAGGAGACGAGCUCUGUUUGAAUAUGCACAGAUUCCGCCCCUAUCUGCCCAACACGUGGUACUACACGCACGACCUGAACCACCGACGGCGCAUCUUUGUCGAGGCCCAGCGCGAAAACAUCGUCACACCCGGUUACACCUGUCCUCUGUGGAACCAAAAAGCGUUGCUUUCCGGCAUUUGUCUGUGCGUGGAAGACCUGCAAGACGAUGAAGGCGACGAUGGACGCACAAGAGCGGCAUCUACUCCGAGCGCACGACUAGGCCUGUGUGGCGUAGAAACCUCUGGCGGGAGCCCUAAAGGGGCGGAUAAGUCAGCUCAGAAGGGCAUGCGCCCAAAUGGAGCAAAGCCGCAAGGCUCCGUCCAUGCAUCCGGACUGGCAGUGGGCUUCACGAAUCGCGCUGCUGACACGUUGCCUGCAUAUGGAGAGCUGAUCAAGCGCUUCGUGUUCCCUAAUAUACUCAAGAGGACAUGA